AUGGCUCUCUCUCCGAGCCAUGUCGCAAGCCAGCUGCGACACUUGAUCUACUACCACCUCGAUAACAAUCUUAUUCGUAAUGCGCUCUUCCUUGCUGACCGUCUCCAUGCCUUCGAACCGCGAUCUUUCGAGGCGCAAUACCUGCUGUCCCUCUGCCACUUGCACAAUGGUGAGGUCAAGGCAGCCUUUGAGUGUAGCCAGCCUUCAGGCUCCCGUGGCUUACACGCCGGCUGUUCAUAUGUUUACGCGCAGGCUUGCCUUGAUCUUGGAAAAUACUUGGAUGGUGUAACGGCAUUGGACCGCAGCAAAAGUCUAUGGGCGUCUAAGAAUAACUGGAACAAACAUAGCGAAACACAACGGCAACAUUUGCCCGAUGCAGCUGCGGUCUAUUGCCUGCAAGGCAAGCUGUUCCAUGCCCACAAAGACUUGAACAGGGCCGUGGAUUGCUAUGUAGACUCGCUAAAACUCAAUCCAUUUAUGUGGGAUGCAUUCUUAGGUUUAAGUGCGACAGGUGUUAAUAUCAGAGUCCCUAAUAUCUUUCAACUCAGUCCCGAGCUACUUGCCAUGGUCUCUUCUUCCCAGGAGGAGCUGGACAUAUUAUCUGAUCACUUUAGUCCCACCGACGGGUCAUUUCCGAUGCCCACUACCGCCAACUCUGCGGCCGACCCUUUUUUGUCAUCUGCCGCGGUCACCGGCCACGAUGCAACAAAUGGUAGCUCUGCUCUCUAUGAGAAGCUCAAUUUGAGCUCGGUCAAUGCUCCAUCGGCACCGCCGCCAAUAAUUCAUGAGGGCAUGGAAACCCCUGGGCAGAGCAGCGGAUCAGAAGAGUUUCGGAUCGCAAAUGGAGUUACUGAUCUCUGGGAACCACCAUUGGCCCCUGCGAGAAAGAUCCGAACGAUUCAGGCAAUGAGCUUGGAUCACACAGGUCAAGCUUCCCAGAAAAUGCGACCCACCGGCAUCCGUCCUCGACCGAAGACAAGGACCGAACCAGAAGAACCGCCAGUUGCGCCAUCUGAGAGAGAGCCUCCACCAGCGCCACGAAUUGGCGAUCGUAAACGCACUGUUUCAGGUCAAGUCGCCCACCCUAUUCCUCCACAGCCGAUAGAACCCGGCGCACCUCAACGCCGCAGUGUCAGGCUCUUCAAUCAAAUCAAACCUACCACAAAAUUGUCCAGCAGCACCUUGACCGGAAGAGAUGGACGUGAAGUUAAAAAAGUUAGGAGUACAGCCUCCAAAACAAGGACUGGAUCGACUUCUACUGUUGGCCGUGUUGUUAGUGGCAACCGCAAACCAAUUGAGAGCCAUGACAGCGAUGGCAAAGAUCACCACCGUGCAACAUCCAUACCCCCCGUCCCCCCUUUGCCCAGAAAUGCCGAAAAAACGAAAGAGGUCGAGGCGCUCAGUUGGCUUUUGGGUCUCUUCACAAAACUUGCCUCGGGGUAUUUCUCCCUGAGUCGAUACAAGUGCACAGAUGCUGUUCAGCACUUCAAUUCCCUCUCACAGGGACAGCGGGAAACACCUUGGGUCCUGGCUCAGCUUGGUCGGGCCUUUUUUGAACAGGCGAUGUAUGCAGAUGCUUCCAAAUACUUCUCAAGAGUUCAAUCCUUAGCGCCUUCUAGGCUCGAGGAUAUGGAAAUCUACUCGACUGUACUAUGGCACUUGAAGAACGAUGUGGAACUUGCUUAUUUAGCGCAUCAGCUUCUGGAGGUCGAUCGACUCUCCCCGCAGGCCUGGUGUGCGAUUGGCAACUCAUUCUCCCACCAGCGAGAUCAUGAUCAAGCGCUUAAGUGUUUCAAGCGUGCAACGAUGUUGGACCCUGAGUUUGCAUAUGCAUUCACCCUUCAGGGCCAUGAGUAUGUUGCGAAUGAAGAGUAUGACAAGGCACUUGAUGCCUAUCGCCACGGCAUUAAGGCCGAUGCUCGACACUACAAUGCAUGGUACGGCCUCGGCACUGUUUACGAUAAGAUGGGCAAGCUGGACGAAGCCGAACAGCAUUUCCGCAAUGCCGCGAUGAUUAACCCCACUAAUGCAGUCCUCAUUUGCUGCAUUGGACUAGUCUUGGAGAAGAGUGAUAAUUCCAAGACCGCGUUGGUUCACUAUGAACGGGCGUGUUCCCUAGCACCACACUCCAUCCUAGCACGAUUCCGCAAGGCUCGUGUGCUGAUGAAACUUCACGAAGACAAGUUUGCACUGGCAGAACUCAAAGUUCUCAAAGAUAUGGCCCCCGACGAGGCAAAUGUGCACUACCUUUUGGGCAAGUUGUAUAAAACCCUCCACGACAAGGCCAAUGCAAUCAAGCACUUCACAACGGCUUUGAACUUGGAUCCGAAGGCUGCACAGUUUAUCAAGGACGCGAUGGAGUCCAUAGAUGAUGACGAGAUGGAGGAUGACGAUAUGGCAUAG